AUGGUUGAACCUCUAGUUCGAGCGCAGUUGAAAGAUAAAAUUAUGCUAAUCUCCAUCAACCGACCGACUAAAAACAAUGCUGUUAAUCAUGAUACAGCUUGUCAGCUAAUAAGAGCGUUCGAGGAUUUCAACGAGAAUAAGGAGGCUAAAAUAGCAAUUCUUUACGGUCAAGGCUCUAACUUUUGUGCCGGAUAUGACCUGAAAGAUGUUUCUGAAGGAAAAAUUGAAACAGAAAAGAAUUUUUUACCUAAAUACAGAUACAUGGGACCCACUUCGAUGAAGUUAAAGAAACCUUUAAUCGCUGCUAUCGAAGGCUAUGCCGUAGCUGGUGGUCUUGAACUAUCAUUGAUGGCUGACAUUAGAAUUGCUUCAAAGACAUCUAAGUUUGGAGUCUUUUGCCGCAGAGUUGGAGUUCCGUUAAUAGAUGGCGGUACUGUUCGCUUGCAACGCAUUGUUGGACAGGGACGAGCGUUAGAGAUGAUUUUGACAGGCAGAGCUGUUGAAGCUGAAGAAGCUUUACUAUGGGGCUUAGUUAAUCGAGUUGUCGAGAAAGAUGAAGCACUAAAUUAUUCUAUUGAGCUGGCGAAAGAAAUAAUUUCUCACCCGUAUGAUUGCAUGAUAGCCGAUAGGAACUCUGUUUUCUAUGCACAAGAAAAUGGUUUUGAGGAAUCUAUGAUCAAUGAGUUAAAAAGUGUUUCUGUACUAGACAAGGCAGUAAGAGGAGCUAUUCAAUUUGUGAAUAAGGAAUUGAAACCACCAUCCAAAUUAUAG